AUUACUCCUGUAUAUAGUUUAAAAACAGAAGGGGGAAAAGUAAAAAACGAAAAAGAAAAAAAGGAAAAAAAAAAAAAGAAAAAGAAAAAGAAAAACUUGCAAAGAACAACGAAGCUUUACCACCGCUCCGGCUACAGCGUCCACAGAAAUCGUCCGCCAUCGUUGAUCUCAAUUCGAUUCAAGGUUACGUCAUGAAAGAGUAGAGUUCUUCUUAUGUUGUAAGCAUGCAGACAGCAGAAAAUGCCCAUAUACAAUGUCUUGAACACCAUUGUGCUGGUAACAGAGUUGGUCAAAGCAGCGAACCACCUAUAAUACUUUCUUCAUCUGACGAUGUUACAUUUGCAAAGCCUGAAAAACGACAAACACGGCAGUGGGCUGCUUGGACACGGGAGGAGGAGGAAUGCUUCUUCACUGCAUUGCGGCAAGUUGGCAAGAAUUUUGAAAAAAUCACAUGUCGAGUGCAAAGUAAAAACAAGGACCAGGUGCGGCAUUAUUAUUACAGACUUGUGAGACGCAUGAACAAGUUGCUGGGUCCCGACUUGUCUUUAGAUGCAAAAAAUUCCAAAGACACUAAUGCUGCAAUGUUGCGUUGGUGGUCUUUACUGGAGAAGUACAGUUGCAAGGCUUCAAAGCUUCACCUGAAGCCCCGUAGGUUUAAAAUUUUUGUGGAAGCACUGGAACACCAACUAAUGAAAGACAGAAAAAAGAAUGUAAAGAAAAGAUCCCUUCAAGGAGAUAGUUAUUCUUCUCCUUCACCAACCACCGCUACAAACCAGAACAAGUUGUCUGGGAACGAUGCUCGGGCUGUUAAAAUUAUUUUAAUUGACAGUCAGAAUGUUCAGAAAGCAGGACAAGCUAGAGGAUCUUCACGGCGUAAUUCAAAUAUGGGUGUGAUUCGCAGCAGCAAUAAAGGAGAGUCAUCUCAGACAAAAUCCAAACAGCGGCGGAAAACAGGUAUUUUGUCUGCAGCUGCAUUGAAAAGAUGGGAGAAGGCUGCCAUGGCUGGUGUCUCCUUGGUUGCUGAUGCUGCUGAGCACCUAGAGCGAACGGCUGGUGAAAAUCCCACUGCAAAUCAAGGUGACUCGAAUUGUUCUGAACAAACUGUGCAAGUGCAUGUACAAGCAAAAUCAUCAAACAUUACUAAAGGCAUUGUCAUGGAGGAAAAUGCUCAAGCUAAUGUGAAACUUACACUGCAGUUGUUCCCAAUUGAUGAAAGUACCAGAAAGGGUCUAGAAUUGGACAAACAUAAUCCACAUUUGGAGUUGAUUUUAAGUACACGAAAGAAGAUAUCUUCUAUUCUGGAGCAUCUUGAUCGUAAGUGGGGUACUUCCGGUGUAGCAUCUGGAGAACUCAUGCUUUUCCCUUUCAAUAUCCAGAGAGAAAAUCUGCUGGCAUAUCAGAGAUGGUCUCGUGAUUCAGCUAUUACUGCUGCUGAAGUCUAUGCCAUGAUUGGUAGUCCAACAGUGUUCCGAUUGAGGUAUGGCUGGAUCUAUGAUGCUGAGCUUCAGUCAGGCAUCUCAAAAACAAGAUUAUUAGCUUUAAAAAAUUUUAAUGUGCAAGAAAAUAGAAGCAAGCAAGCACUUGAGGACCAAUCAUUUCCACCAACAGAAGACAAGGACAACGCGGAGAAACUUGUUAAUCACCUUUUAAGCAAUGAAGCCUCUGAUAAAUAUGGAAGUGCGUUUGAAGAGUCAACAGCUGCUCCUUCUGGUCAUGAGAAUAUGAAUGCUGAUGUGGAUCUUCAGAAUAAUGGUUUUGGGAUGCAAAGCGUAGGAUUGAGGCUACUAUCGAACGAUGCUUGUGAUGACUCUACUACAUUUGUAAAUAUGAAAAAGGUUGAUCAGACAGCAAGAACGAGUCCAAGUUUGUCCACCGAAGAGUGGACAGAUAACCUUAAAAAUGUUGCUGUCAGGAAUCAUUUAACUGAUGUAUCAGAUGUUAUGGAUGCCGACUGUGUCGAGACUCCUACUUUUAGAAGUUCUGGAUGUCUUGCGGAGAUUUCAUUCUCUUGUGACUCAUUUGAUGCAGCUAUCGCUGCUCAUAUAUCAACUCAUAAUAAGAUAGGCGGACGUGGCCCCUCUCCACAUUCAUCAUCAAUUUGGGAUGCGGAAGAAACAUGCGAUGCGUUUUCAUUUCAGAACAGAGCUGUAUCUAACAACCAGGUAUCGUGUUCAGCUACAGCUUUUUCUUCGGCUUCUGAUAUAAGGUGUUUUACAAGUUCAGCUGGGAUGGACACCACAAUUCAGGAUUCACCUAAGGAAGUCAUGGAUGAGGACAAUCCCUUGGAUGAUCAAAUAGACGAGUAUCCAUCUGAAACCCGAGAAAUCGGAGGUUCCGUAGAAGAAUUUAAUAGCCUGACGGAUGUUUUUUGGCCCGACUCUUUAGGGCCUUUAGAGCUGGAUGUACCUUCAUGUAAAUACUAUAGUGAAGAUCUAAUUUUAAGUGAUAGCCUGAGUGGCCUAAACCGUCUUCUAGCCAGCAGCCUUGACGCGUUUCAAAACUGCACUUUCUUUGGCUUGGAUGACAAAAGACCAUCUUCAACCAUUGGAGCUCAAGGAGGUUCUUCCUUCGCCGGUAAAAUCGAUACAAGUGACAAGUCUGGAGUCCAAUCUCUUCAAGUAUAAUUUUUGAAAUUCAGGAAUCAUGAUAUUAAUAACUCCGUGAAAGGCUCGCCGUGAUCAAAAUUUUCUUUUGGUAUAUAUAUAUAUAUAUAUAUAUAUAUAUAUAUAUAUAUAUAUAUAUAUAU